GGUCGCCAUGGCCGAUCCCCCUCCGAAAUCGCCCCUCCCGAAACGCUCCCCCGCCCUCCGCCCGCUCCCCCUCCUCCUCCGCCGCCGCCGCCGCCUCCUGCCCCGGCCCCGAGUCACCGCUACUAUUCGAACCGUGCGACGAGCGCUCUUGCCAGGCUUGCUCAGCCGUUCUUCUCGGGGUCGCGCCCACCGAGCCCUCCUGACGGGGGUGCCAGUGGUGGUGGUGGUGGUGGUGGUGGUGGCAGUGCGGAUGCGGAUCGCCGUCAGGACGCCGUCUCGGGGCGCACGCGACUGUCGCGAUCCAGAUCGCUGCCGGGUGCUCCGCAAACCAUCACACACCGGACCGGUCUCCCGAUCGCCUCACUCGAUAUCUCGCCGCAGAAGACCCAUGCCGUCAUCGCAGGCCGCGAAAUCUUCAAGACGAUUCGUGUCUCAGCAGACGCAUGUUCGGAAGAAUUCAACAUCCGCAAUGCUAUCAUCAACUAUUCAGCGACGCACCACGUGCCCGGUGGCCUCCCAGCCAAACACAAAGACCAGUUGGCCAUCAAGGAUGUGAAGUGGUCCCACGGCGAGUUCGACACCAUCAUCGCAACCGCUGCCGCGAAUGGCCGCAUCAUCAUCUAUGACUUGCAUCGGGCGGGUCUGGAGCUGGCCCGCUUCAACGGACAUAGCCGCCAGGUCCACCGACUGGCCUUCAAUCCCCAUCGUCCCGCCUGGCUCCUAUCGGGGAGCCAGGAUGGGACCAUCAGAAUGUGGGAUUUGCGAAUGGCUUCCGGAGAGCGCGGCGUCGUCAAUUGCUCCAGCACCAACCGAUAUAGCGGCAAUAGCGAUGCCAUUCGCGAUAUCAGGUGGUCUCCCAGUGAUGGCGUCAUGUUCGCCACGGCCACCGACAGCGGUGCAAUCCAGUGCUGGGAUUACCGAAACGCGAAGGCUCCUCAGCUGAGGAUCGCCGCCCAUGAGAAGCCCUGCUACGCCGUCGACUGGCACCCGGACGGCAAACACCUGGUCAGCGGCGGCACCGAUAAACAGGUCAAGGUCUGGGACUUCUCCUCGUCCGCCGAACGGAGACAGAAGCCCACGUUCCAGUUCCGGGCUCCGCAGGCUGUGGUCCAUGUAAGAUGGCGUCCUCCUUGCUGGGUUUCCGACUCUCAGGGACCCGAGGAUUGGCAAUCCACGCAACUGGUCACCUCGUACGACAAGGAAGAUCCGCGCAUCCAUCUCUGGGAUCUUCGACGGCCACACAUCCCCUUUCGGGAAUUUGACAGGUAUGAUACCCCGCCCGCCGAUCUGCUCUGGCGCUCCAAGGACUUGCUCUGGACCGUGGGUGAGGCCGGUGCGUUCACCCAAACGGAUAUCCGGUACGCCCCUCAGGUCAUCAACCAACGGCCCAUGUGCGCGGUCGCCUGGAGCCCGACAGGUGAUGUCCUCGCCAUCACUCAGAAGCGACCGCGCCAGCGCGUCCUGGGCAUCAGUUCGACCAGCUUCUUUCAGACCCACGGCGAUGGGGAGAGAAGCACGGAGAAGGCGGUCAGUCAGAGUCUGACUGAUGACGAUGAUUCUGCCCCGCUCACCUCUUUGCACCAGAAGCAGCAGAAAGUGCGAGCGUCCAAGUCACUGGGCAACACUCCGCCAGGAACCGAAGAGAAUCCGGUGAUUGUGCCCCUGGAAAAGGCAUUGUCCGCCAACAAGGGCGUGGGCCCGCGUCAAUUGGGGGCGAUUGGACGUAUCCCCGGUGUCUCCUUGAAUCCAGACGUGUUUCGAUACCUGGCGCGGCAAUACGCCCCGUUGAUGGAAGAUCCGGGCCUGAAACAACAUCGGAAGGAUCGCGUGAGAGCUUUGCUAGAUGACCUGGAUCACAACGCAGAGCGUGCGGAGGAGGUUUCUCUUUUUAAGUUGGCCCAGACAUGGAGAAUCGUCAAAUACUCGGUCGUGCAGGAACUCGAACUGCGAGCGCAAGAGGAUCGACGGCGGCGCAAAGAGCGGAAUGGCAAUGCCCGCAAAGGAAUCUCUCCUGAGAGGGAACAGGCUGAGCGGUCCCGCGCGGUGGAAGACACCAAGCCAGAGAAGAUGCGGAGCCAUCUGUUCAAAGGAGUGAUGGAGACAGAAGGAACCCGACGAGUCGUGCCGGAGACUGAAAGCACCUCGAGCAUGACCACUCCUCUCGCACAACCCCUCCCUGACUCCCCGCCUCGAUCCCGCCGCAGCUCGAUCGCACCGUCUUUGACGGAGGACAUGGUUGAUCUGCAGCCGUUGCCCCCGUCGGUGAUUAGCUCUUCCCACUAUGGCACGAUGAACUCCAAUGACCUGGCCGGCGACAACUUGGCAGCGUCUGAUUUGGGUGCGCGGUCCAUGGCUCGACUUCAACGCGAGGAGUCCCAGUCCAGUGAGAAUACACAAAUUCUUUCGGGCAGUCUGGUGUCGGACCAGAACCGUGACGAAGAACCAUACGGAGAUCAGCGAUCCGCGCCUCGAGCUAUUACUGGCCGAGCCCUCUGGCGUCGCCACGCAUCGCAGGAUUUUGGGAAAGGAGGCUCAGAAGAGGACUAUGAUCAAAAGGUGGAAGACAAAAGGGCCGCCAUUCGUGACUACAAGCUGAUUCCCAAGAGACUUUUAUCGUAUGAUCCACUCGGUGAUGCCAAUCGGCCUGGUCGCUCUGGACAUUAUCUUCGUCACGACUCUGCUGAGAGCUUUCCAAUGUUCUCCGCUUCUACCGACAGCUCCCACCGCGCCAAAUCGAUGGGCACUUCAUUUUCUCCCCAUACCAAUGCUCCCAUCUCCCUCCGGAGGGAUAGCACCGGCUGGGAGAUGGAUGAAGAGGCCGUGCAAGAGGACGCGAUCGCGGAAGAAGAAUCCACAUCUUUUGCCCUCGAACCUGAUCAUGGAGAUCCACUGAGGCAGAUGUCUUUCGACGAGUCCUUGUCUGACACCAAUGACGUGCAUCUAGACCGUCCCUCGAAUCCGCUGCCGCUUCUCGUUGAAUCAAGUCCGGUGAAGGACGUCAAGCAAGAAUCGCCGUCCGCAGGCUCUGACGGAGCAACGCUGGCAGCCAUCGAGGGGUGGGAAGGGGUGACUAUCCCAUUAACCCCGGAACUGACCGCAAGCAAGCCUUGGAGCGCGCAAAUGAUCCUGCGGGAGGCGGUCCGACACUAUCACAGCAACGCCCCGGUUGACAUUCAGUCGGCCGCCCAUCUUCUCCAUAAAAUCCAUGCUCUCUUCUACGCAUGUGAGAAGAUUCUCCCCUACGAGGAAUGUGCCGCUAUCUUCAAGGCAUACAAUGAACAGCUGCUUCGGCAUUCUAUGUUCGUUGAAGCUGCGGAGCUGCGGAAUCUCUGUGUACCCAGGUACCCGACUGUCUAUGAAUACGCUCAGGUGGAUACGUUUAUCAACGUGUACUGCUACACAUGCAAGCGACCAUAUGAGAACCCCGUAAGGGACAAUCGGCGGUGCCACCGGUGCCAGACUCCACAAAAACCGUGCCCGAUUUGCUUGAAUCUCGAGCCGCCGGCGGAGUGGAUCAGACCUCCUUCGGCCGCUGCUUUCUCUGCCUCGACGGAUGAUGCCAGUUUCGCUUCCAAAACUUCUCUUUCAUCUGAUGCGACCGAGCCUAUUCCCGCCUCGGAGAUGCGAAGGGGCUGCCCCACGCCAGGAUGCAUGCACGACUGCGGGCCUGGGCCACGUCGGGAACAGAACCGGGCAUCGUACCUGGACGAGUCACACCAGCGGCGGGAUGCCGCAUCUGGCCGCAAGAUCAACCAGAGCUUUGUCAAACGAGACACGUGGGCGACAGGGGAAAGCAAGGCGGUGGAGAAGGUCAGAGGCAUGCUGGGUGUUGCUGCCGGCGGAGGAGCUGGUGCAACAGGCAAUAACAAUAAUAAUAAUAAUGCUAAUAAUGCUGCCAUUGGCACAACCUUAUCCUCAGGCGGCACCAUGUCGCCGAAGAAAGUGAGGCUGGUCGCGCCGGGGGAGCAGGGCAAACGAAGCACCACCACCACCACCACCAGCAGUAGAGAGAGGGAGUCGACAUCGGAUCCUUUCCCGGGAGGGUAA